AAAAACAAUUAUAUUUAUGUUUCUUAGCUUUUCAAGAAAAUCAAAAUCAGUCAUUUUAGAUAAUUAUUUUCUAAUGUGAUUCACAUAAGAUAAUUGAAAAACCCUCUGUGGUACUAUCUAAAGAGAUAAAAAAACCCUGCGGCGAAGCACUUGUUCAAGAACAGAAAGAAAUGGCACUCACUUUACCCUUAUCAUCUUUCAUUUCACCAAUGAAAGAGAUAAACUUCAACUUCCCAAAUUCAUUUUCUCUUUACAAGGACAAACCCACCAACAAAUUCUUCAAUUUCACCCUUUUCUCAAAACCCUCUUUGCAGGUUGGUUAUUCCAGAAUAACAAGAGUUCAAGCACUCAAAUCGGAUGGUACUAAUUCGAAAAGAAAAGGGCGAGAACCAUAUAGUGACAGUGAUAGUGAUGAUGAUGAAGAUGAUGCGCCGUCUUCCUCGAAAGAAAAUGACCCUUAUGCUAUGAAUCUUGAAGAGAGACAAGAAUGGAGGAGGAAAAUUAGACAGGUUAUGGAUAAGAAACCUGAUAUUCAAGAAGUUGCAGAUACAGAAGAAAAGAAGAAGAAAAUGCAAAAGCUUAUUAAUGAUUACCAACUUGUUGUGGAAGAGGAGGAUCCUAAUUGGCCUCAAGAUGCUGAUGGUUGGGGAUUCAGUCUCGGGCAGUUUUUCGACAAGAUUACUAUCCAAAAUAAAAAGAAGGAAGAUAAUGAUGAUGGUGAUGACAAUGAUGUUGAUGAUGAUAAGGAAAUAGAGUGGCAAGAUGACAAUUACAUUCGUCCUAUCAAAGACAUAAAGGCUGCGGAAUGGGAGGAAACCAUGUUCAAAGACAUUAGUCCUUUGAUUAUUCUUGUGCACAAUCGGUAUCGAAGGCCAAAGGAAAAUGAAAGAAUUCGAGAUGAACUAGAGAAGGCUGUGCAUAUCAUAUGGAACUGCGGAUUACCCUCACCGAGAUGUGUGGCGCUUGAUGCUGUUGUUGAGACUGAACUAGUUGCAGCACUUAAAGUAUCGGCUUUCCCAGAAGUUAUCUUUACUAAAGCAGGGAAGAUUUUAUUCCGUGAUAAAGCAAUUCGCAAUGCAGAUGAGUGGUCAAAAAUCAUGGCCUUCUAUUACUACCGCGGAGCCAAACCACCGUGUUUGACAAACAUUCCAGAUCUCCAAGAAAAUAUUCCUUCUUUUACCAUUGAUAAUUGAGUGUCUUGAAAAAUUGAAGAGCUCAAAGUUUCUACCAAGGCAUAUAUUGCUGAAAAUUUUCCAUUUAACAAUGCCUUUUACAGUCUGGCAUUGUGUAAGAUAUGCAAGGGAAUGAAUGCAUAGCUUCAUUGACUGCAUACUAUAUGGGAUGGAAGUUUUUGGCCUGAUGCAUAAAACUGGAUCAAUUGAUCAAAAUUUGAUCUACUUACACCGCACCCCUGAACUCCUUAGUUAAGAAGACUUUCAAUACAAGGAAAGGGGUCGAGUCAGACUCUGAUAUCACUUUUGAGUUAUGAGGGGUCUGAGGACACCACGUAUAAAGAGUUAAAGACCCGUUAUCUUAUCCAAUGUAGAACUAUGCUCACAUUUGAUAUUCCAACACUAUUUUGAACAGUGUCCCUUCAUUUCAAAUACAUUCUCGUUUUUAUCAGAACUAAUUCAUUCACCAAUCAAUGAAAAAUUUGUCAAAGUUGUUCUUCCCAUCUCAA